UCGUCUUUCCCUGAUCUGCUCGUCUUUCCCUGAUCUGCUCGUCUUGCCCUGAUCUGCCAAUCCCCUCCCUCUCGCUGAUCGCAUCGGUGCACACUCCCCGCCAUGCCUGAGAUCAUCCUCUACUACAUUGGUGGCCAACACUGGAGCGAGCUCGUCAACUCGCCUUACACAUAUAUCAUCCUCUCGUUCGGUGUCGUCCCCAGCGGCAGCUUGAACAACUUCAGUCUGCCCACGUUCUGCACCAGCACCGUCGACUGCACCGAUGGCAUCCUGAUCCUCCGCAGCAACGGCAAGAGGGUUGGCAUCAGCUUGGGCGGCGGCGACUCCACCACCGGCCUGGUGCCCCGCAUCUUCACCGGCCUCUACAACCUGUGGACCCAGCAGGGCGACUCGGUCAUUACCACUUGGACGAGCAACCUGGCCCAGUUCCUCGCAAACAACUACCUCGAUGGCGUCGACUUUGACAACGAGGAAGCCCACACUGCUGCCACUGGCGGCACCGACGGCGCCAGCGUCGAGGCUCUGGCCAGCAGGGCGGGCAUGGAUUUUAUGGGCAAGCUCCAGAUCGCCACCCGAAACGCCAUCGGCCCCAACCGUAUCUUCUCGGUCUCGCUCCAGCCGCCCUUCUAUGGCGCCCCUGGCAUUGCCGAUCCCGGUGCCGGUGGCACCAUUACCUUUCCCGUCGUCGCCGCCAGCCCCUGGUACAACAACUACAUGUACCUGAUCGAAACCAACCCCGACGCCUACAAUGCCCUGACCUACUUGGUAUUUAUGUACUACCCCAACCAGAACAUGUGGGAGUGGGUCAGCGCGCCGCAGGCCAAGGCCCAGUACACCAUGUCCGACGGCACCACACCCAAUCUCGCCGCCAUCUACCAGUCCAUGGUGCGCUAUCAGAUGGCCACCGGCUCGAUCAGGAGCAUCUCGCCUUCAAAGGUCAUCAUUGCCACGCAGAUCAACGUCAUCGGUGACUCUUCAGCGGCAUACGUGCCCGAGGCCAUGCUCACCCAGCAGCUCAGCUCUCUCAAGAACACCAACGAGACCCCCGCUGGUGUCGCUGCCUGGACCCAGACCAUGACCUUCCAAAGCUCGGGAUGCGGAUUCCUCAACGCCGCAUGUGCUCUUGCGGGAUGCACCAACCAGUGCCCGCCUGCAAUCAACCCCUCGCUGGAUGUCUGCAACUCGCAGUGCCAGAGCCUGGGCAAAGCCCCGCCCUCCUUCAACGGAGGCGGCUCGGGCCUCAGCGCCGGCGUCAUCGCUGCCAUCGUCGCCGGCGUCAUCGUCGCCGUCCUGGGUCUCGGAUUUGGCGCCUACGUCUAUAUGCAGAAGCGCCGAGGAUCGCGCUCCGCACAAAAGCCCUUGGUCCACGAGAGCACCUUUGCCGCAUCGGCUUCGAGCCGAGCACAGCCCAAGGAUGAACCGGGCUCAGCGGGCCCCUCGGUCACGAGCGGAUACUCGCACCCCUACUCCUCGAUCGACGCCCAGCAGCCCGGCUAUGCCUCCACCAGCACGGCCACCGCCUCUGUCUCCAAAGCCAGCGCGAGCCCCAUCUAUCCCCCUAACCAGCAGAGCAAGUACCAACAGAGCCAGUACCAGUAUCAGCCGCAGCAAGACGUGAGUCGAACCGAUACCGACUUGUCCACCGCCUACUCGAACCAGGGCCAGUCCUACGUCGUCGCCAACCCCUCCCAAAGCCUCGCUAGCCAGCAAAGCUACCAGCAGCAACAGCAGAACUUUGGCCGAGCCCCCACCGAUGCCUCCAACAACUAUCCGGCCCAAAGCUCGUCGUACCCCGCCCCAAGCACCACCCAACAGCAGCCUACUCAGCAGUCGUACCAGCAGUCGUACCCUCAGUCGUACCCUCAGUCGUACGAGCAGCAACAGCAGCACUAUCAAGCAUAUAGCGGACCCCAGGAUCCAUACGCUCACACGUCGGUGGCUGGCAUUGGUCAUCAUCAUCCCCCCAAUGUUGUCGAGGCCCGACGAACUGUGUCCAUGCAGCGCCCCGCCCAGCGCGCCCCGCCUUCGGCCUCCCAUGUGGUCCACGCCCUUUGGGACCGCGAUGCACAGCAGCACGACGAACUUGGAAUCCGCACCGGCGAUCGUCUCGAGUUGAUCGAAAGCUACCCCGACGGAUGGGGAUAUGCCAGAAACGUCCACGGAGAGGAAGGCGUUGUUCCGCUGAACUUUGUCGAGGGUUGAGCAUGCAAGCGCUCGCCGAGCCUUUGUUCUAUCCUGACGGGCUGCAUUGUCGCUCUUCGUGUCGGGACGACGACAGGGCCGCGGCAAGGGUCGGCUCUGUUGCUUUUGGGAUCGUGUGUUGCCGAUCGAUGUUGUUGCUUGGUCGCGUGUUGCUCUCUCCGUCAAAGUUCUAUCCACCGCUUUUCUGAACCCAAGGCUGCUCCAUGACUGAAGUGACCUGCUGCUUCGCUCCAUUCGUCCUCUCCUUUCUUUUCAAUCCAAUUCACUUCACUUUUCGCCAUUCAUCAUUCACCAUUGCUCUAGAUCUAGCUUUACUUUUCCUCGACGAGACCUUCCUCGUUUAUCACCCUCUCAUCACACCUCCUUCAAACUCAAUCCCUGUCAAUCCCAGCUUCCUUCUAUUCGCUCGCUGUUCGGCCUCGUCAAUUCUUUUUUUUUUUUUGCUCGCUCAAUAUAGAGAACCCCAAAAAACGACAAA